AUGUCUACCAGCAAACAAUGGUUCGAUCUAUUAGAUGAAGUGUGCCCAAAUAUCGAUCUUGUACAAACAAAAGCUUUUUUACAUGAUAUAUUAAAUUAUAUUGAAGUUCAUCAUAAAGAACUCGAAAAAGAGUAUCGAAAUAAAAGAAUUUUGGAUAAAUUGGAUGAAAAAUUCCUAAUUCAAGAUUUGCCACCAUCGCUUAAAAAUUUUAUAGAAGAAUAUAUUUUUAGUCAAGAUACAGAAAUACCAAAAGAAGUAAACCUAAAGAAAAAGAAAUUGCUUAGAGCUACAAGAAAUUUAUUAGACAGAAU